AUGUCUCCAGUACCAAACCCCAUCCUUCAAGCCCUCUCGCUCCCAUCUGAAUCAAAAGUGGGCCUCUCUACAUCCGGCCUAGGCUCAGGCUUCACAAGCACAGGCACCAUCCACGCCCAGAUCCCCGGCAAAAAUGGCACAGAAGAGCGACUUUACUUUGUAAAAACUUCUUCAAAUGGAAAAGCCGCAGAAGAAAUGUUUCAAGGCGAAUCAGAGUCCCUCAAUGCAAUCGCAGCCUCAGUACCAGGGUUCUGUCCGCAAGCCCUAGCUAGGGGGCCACUUGACGAGCUCGGGACAAAGGCCAAAACACACUUCCUCGCAACAGAGUUUCUCGAUCUCGGCGGUAAGGUGAGCCGCAGCACGAGCGACGAAGCCACCCUCGCGCACCGCCUCGGAAAAUUGCAUACCACACCUGCACCCCCAGACUCAGACACCGGCCGGCGCAGAUUCGGAUUCCCAGUGCCGACCUUCUGUGGCGAUACCAAGCAGCCAAAUCGGUUCUGUGAUAGCUGGGCGGAUUUUUAUGCCAAUGAACGGCUGCUUACAGUCCUGGCGACAUCAGAGGAGCGCAAUGGACCCGAUGCUGGGCUGCGCGAGGCGGUUGAGAAGACGGCACAGAAGGUUGUGCCUCGGCUGCUUAGGGAUAACCAUUUAGGAUAUAAGUCCAGUGGCGAGGGAGACGGGAUUGUACCUGUUGUCAUUCAUGGGGAUUUAUGGAGCGGGAAUGCUGGUUGGGGUCGGAUUGUUGGCUCGGGUCGUGAUGAAAGGCCUGGGGAUGUGGUGUAUGACCCAGCAGCUUGUUAUGGACAUAGCGAGUUUGAACUUGGGAUUAUGCAUAUGUUUGGUGGGUUCGGCGCUCGGUUCUUCGAUCAGUAUCAUCGUGUUGUGCCGAAGACCGAGCCUGUGGCGGAGUAUGCUGAUCGCCUAGAAUUGUACGAACUGUGGGUUUUCUUUUUCUUUCUUCCUUUUCAUGCUGUCGAAGAAGUUUACUAA